AUGGCUCCAUUCUUCACGGCGUUCCCCUGUUUGAAUAGCGCAAUCUAUCUUUCCCGUGCAGACUCUGGACUGUUACAAAGGGCACUGAGGGAAUAUAGCCCGACAUCUCCGGCGUCAAGCAGCGUCAGAAAAUGUUCAAUGGAGGAAUUACUGGGCAGCUACAUAAUCUUCAUCAUCCUGCUCUUCAUUGAAACAAAGGGAAUUCCCCCCAUCACCCUGGCCAUCAUCAUCCUCAACAUGUUCAUAUUCCUUGCCCCGGAACUCAACGUGGCAGAGGUUUGCCUCAGUGUCAACACCACCUUCUACUCCUGCGAGUGGCAGCGCCUCCUCCUGGCACCCCUGCACCACAUUGACGUCGACCACCUGGGCUUCAACAUGGCCUCCCUGGUCUGGAAGGGCAGCAGGAUGGAGCGCAGGAUUGGCAGUGCCCGGUUCAUGUUCUCCACCUUCACCUUUGGCAUCCUGACAGGCCUCACCUACCUGUCGAUCAAAGCGGCCCUCGCCUGCCUUCUAACUGAGAGAUUCAACAUGGACUGCGCUGUAGGCUUCUCAGGCAUUCUCUUUGCACUCAAGGUGAUCAACAAUGGUCAUAGCGCUGACGGAGACAUCCCAGGCCCAUUCCAAAUCAAAAGAAGGGAUGCCUGCUGGGCGGAACUUAUCCUUAUUCAUUUACUGUCCCCAAGAUCUUCUUUCGUUGGCCACUUAGCAGGCAUUCUGGUUGGCCUAGCCUAUGUGAAAGGACCCCUGAAGAUGAUAAUUAAUUGGUUUACAGGCAAAGAAUAUGGUAAUGUGCGCUUCAUGGAGUGCUGCCACCAUUCACUGUGUACGUGUCAGGACCAGGAGUUCGAGAGAGGUGGGUUCAUGGCGCCUCGACUUGUCCCGCUGCUCGUGGCGCGUUUCUUUCCACAAACGUUCACUCGGGCCCCAAGUGGCUGGGUUGUCGGCGUUAUUGGUAAUCAGCUCGUCUCGUCCCGGCCGCCCGCAAUGAGUUUCCAUUCCCCUUCAAUCCCUUUCCACGGAGCCAGCAUGGCCACGACGGGCUGA